AUGGCUGCUGAAGUAGAGAAGCUCAACUUGGACAAUAUCAUUGCUAGGCUACUCGAAGUCCGAGGAUCAAAACCGGGCAAGAAUGUGCAGUUGACUGAAAAUGAGAUCAAAGGUUUGUGCGUCAAAUCAAGAGAAAUAUUUCUCAGUCAACCAAUUCUUCUCGAACUUGAAGCACCAUUGAAGAUUUGCGGUGAUGUGCAUGGACAGUAUUACGAUCUGUUGCGACUCUUCGAAUAUGGAGGAUUCCCACCUGAAUCGAAUUAUCUCUUCUUGGGAGAUUACGUUGAUCGAGGUAAAAGGCGUUAUAACAUCAAAUUGUGGAAGACGUUUACUGACUGUUUCAAUUGCCUUCCGGUGGCUGCAAUAAUCGACGAAAAGAUUUUCUGUUGUCAUGGCGGUCUGUCUCCGGAUCUGCAAUCGAUGGAGCAAAUACGACGUAUAAUGCGGCCAACGGAUGUUCCAGAUCAAGGAUUGCUGUGUGAUUUGUUGUGGUCUGAUCCGGAUAAAGAUGUCACUGGAUGGGGUGAGAAUGACCGAGGAGUAUCUUUCACGUUUGGACCUGAGGUCGUAGCGAAGUUCUUACACAAACACGAUCUCGAUCUCAUAUGUCGCGCUCAUCAGGUAGUAGAGGACGGGUAUGAAUUCUUUGCGAAGCGACAGUUAGUCACGUUGUUUUCUGCACCAAAUUAUUGUGGUGAGUUUGAUAACGCCGGUUCAAUGAUGACUGUCGAUGAGACACUUAUGUGCUCCUUCCAGAUAUUGAAACCAGCCGAUAAGAAGAAAUUCCCGUACAGCGCAGCUGGAUCAGGUCGUCCAGUGACUCCACCAAGGAAUACACCAGCACCGAAUGCGAAGAAAGGAAAGAAAUAA